CUACUCAAAUGACGCGUCAACAUGCUUGCCUAGUUAUGUGACUGAUCAUGAUGACUUCCCAUUCCUAAAACUAUUGGCUCACAACUCGAGUGCACCUCUGUUGUUUCUGAACGUAAAUUUAUAUAAGGGGUGCCCUACCUCCCGGAGACUCGAGUAGGUUCGCGCUGCUUUGGAUUCUACUCAUAGUCCCUCGUUAACCAUCAUGUCCUUCACCCAUACGGCUCUCAUCACUGGCGGAACUGCCAAUUUGGGCUUCCAAUGUGCCCUCGGUAUAGCUCAACAACACCCCGAGUACCUCGUCGUGAUUUGUUCACGUUCUGACCCCGACUCCGCUGCGGCAUCGAUAAACGAAACUACCCACCAGAAGAACGUCAUAUUUCUCCCAAUAGACCUUUCUAGCCUCGCAAAUGUUCGGGCUUUCGCUGAAUCUUGGAAAGCCAAGCAAUUCCCUACCAUCAUUGCCCUUGUUCUCAAUGCCGGGCUACAGUUCCCGGGCGAAGUUCAAAUGUCGGGCGAUGGAAUAGAGUCAACGUUUGCAAUCAACCACGUUGGCCAUGCGCUCUUAUUUCAUCUGCUCUUUCCCCACCUCGCCGACAAAGCCCGCAUCGCAAUCACUUCAAGUGGCACCCACGACCCGGCUCAGAAGACUGGCCUUCCAGAUGCUGAAUAUGUCACUGCCGAACAGUUAGCCCAUCCGACACCAGACUCUGCCAAAAGCGCUGGCCGUCAACGCUACGCAAGCAGCAAGCUAGCCAACGUCAUGUGGACAUACGCUCUUCACCGACGGCUUUCAGCUAUGCCGAAAAGAAACUUGACUGUUGUUGCAUUCGAUCCAGGUCUUAUGCCUGGCACAGGUCUUGCUCGAGAUGGUAAUUCCCUGGAGAAGUUUCUAUGGUUUCGAUUGCUGCCUCGCAUUCUUCCACUUCUGCGCUUUAUCAUCAGUCCGAAUAUCCACACCCCGCAAGAGUCUGGUGCAAACUUGACACGCCUUGCAGUUGGUGCCGACGUUGAGGGCAAGAGUGGUGUCUAUUUUGAGGGAAAGGAGAUUAUCAAGUCGAGCAAGGAUAGCUAUGAUGAGAGUAAGCAAGAAGACCUAUGGGAGUGGACAAUUAAGGCUACUGCAACUAGCGAGGGUGACCGAAGAGAGUUUGAGCUCAUGAACUGAUUAUUUAUGAGUAUUUGCGUGUAAUAAUAGAUUUUAAUUUAUAUAAAUUAUCCCGUCGCGUAUCAGAAUCAAUAUCUUGCU